AUGGCGGCGGCCGCAUUGGCCGGGCUCCUCGUCGCCCUCGCGGCGGCGACCGCGGGGGCCACCACCGAGUCCUCCGACGCCGCCGCUCUGGGGAAUCUCUACACCUCCUGGAACAGCCCGCCGCAGCUGGCCGGCUGGUCGGCCGGCGGCGGCGGCGACCCCUGCGGCGCGGGGUGGCAGGGCGUCUCCUGCACCGGCUCGGGCGUCACCGAAAUCAAGCUUCCCGGGACAGGGCUGAACGGCUCUCUGGGCUACGAGCUCUCCAAUCUGUUCUCACUCAAAACAUUGGAUUUGAGCAACAACCAGAUUCAAGGUUCAAUUCCUUACCAGCUGCCACCGAAUCUCACAUAUCUGAAUCUGGCGACCAAUAAUUUCUCUGGCAAUCUCCCAUACUCCAUAUCCAACAUGGCUGCAAUUGAGUACCUCAAUCUCAGCCACAACUCACUGGCUCAACAAAUAGGCGAUUUGUUUGGAAACCUCAGCUCACUUUCAGAGUUGGACGUGUCUUUCAACAAACUGACAGGGGAUCUUCCAACUUCUAUUGGCUCUCUAUCAAAUAUUUCUAGUCUCUAUAUGCAAAACAAUCAGUUAACAGGUUCUGUCAAUGUUCUAAGUGGUUUAGGCCUUACUACCCUAAACAUUGCAAACAACAAUUUCAGUGGCUGGAUACCAAAAGAAUUCAGCUCAAUCCCAGACGUGAUACUUAACGGAAACUCAUUCCUGAAUGGACCUGCUCCUCCACCACCACCUUUCAUGCCACCACCCCCUAGAAAGCCGCGCAGUCGUCCUAACCGUUCUGGGGGAAGUGGAAAUGCCCCAAAAGGCUCUGAGAGCUCCACUGGUCAAGGUGGCAAGAAUGGUCUGCAGACAGCUUCGCUUGUGGGGAUAAUUGUUGGCUCAGUACUUGCUGCUUUGUGUGUGCUUCUUCUUUUGGUAUUAUGCAUUCGCAAAUCUCGGAAAAGGAAGGAUGAUAGCAGCACGGAAUCCAAAGAUUUUGUAGGUCCACUAUCAGUGAACAUAGAGGAAGUAUCUAACAGGGAAAUCCCAGAGCAAGGUCUUGAAAAUACGGCUAUGAAAGUCCUGCCUGCUGAGAAAAUGACUCCCGAGAGGGUUUAUGGUAAAACUGGUUCUAUGAGAAAGACAAAGGUUCCCAUAACUGCAACACCUUACACCGUGGCUUCCCUCCAAGUUGCGACGAAUAGCUUCUGUCAAGAUUCCCUUCUGGGAGAGGGUUCACUUGGUCGUGUUUACAAGGCUGAUUUCCCCAAUGGAAAGGUUAUGGCUGUUAAGAAGGUAGACAGUGCCGCUAUUUCCUUGCAGGAAGAAGAUGAUUUCCUUGAGGUUGUAUCAAGUAUGUCACGACUUAGGCAUCCAAACAUCGUGCCACUUACAGGGUACUGUGUGGAGCAUGCGCAAAGGCUUCUUGUUUAUGAGUACAUUGGAAAUGCAACGCUGCAUGAUAUGCUGCACUUCUCUGAUGAGAUGAGCAGAAGACUUACAUGGAACAUCCGUGUAAGAAUAGCACUAGGCACUGCUCGGGCAUUAGAAUACCUGCAUGAGGUGUGCUUGCCAUCUGUUGUUCAUAGAAAUUUUAAGUCCGCAAACAUCCUACUUGAUGAAGAGCAUAAUGCACAUUUAUCUGACUGUGGGCUCGCUGCCUUGACACCCAAUACUGAGAGACAGGUUUCUACUGAAGUGGUUGGCUCAUUUGGAUACAGUGCCCCAGAGUUUUCCAUGUCAGGAAUUUAUACUGUAAAGAGUGACGUGUACAGUUUUGGAGUAGUGAUGCUAGAGCUAUUGACCGGAAGGAAGCCACUAGACAGUUCUAGAGAGAGGUCAGAACAGUCUCUUGUUAGAUGGGCUACGCCUCAGCUUCAUGACAUCGAUGCACUUUCUAAGAUGGUUGAUCCAGCAUUGAACGGAAUGUACCCUGCGAAAUCACUCUCCCGCUUUGCAGACAUAAUUGCACUCUGUGUUCAGCCGGAGCCAGAGUUCCGUCCUCCUAUGUCUGAGGUUGUCCAGCAACUUGUGCGCCUGAUGCAGAGAGCUAGCAUAGUAAGGCGGCAAUCAGGCGAGGAACUUGGGUUUUCUUACAGAGCUCCAGAACGCGAAGGAGAUGCGAGAGACAUUUCCUUCUGA